AUGAUUAUAUUUGCUGUCACUCAAGCUCUGUGGCUAGUCGUCAAUUGUAUUCUGCGAACCGUACAAGGGUUAGCAAUAACCACCCUUGAGCUGACCUCGGUAUCUUUCGUCGUGGUGUUUUUCGUCACUUCAUUCUGUUGGUAUCACAAGCCAUCCGAUAUAUCAACUGCUACCACUCUUCGGACGAACACACAUAUUGAUGAUAUUCGGGCAGAGAAUUGUCCGAAUCCCUCCAAAGAAUGGCACGAAUCUCCCUUAGAUUUUCUCCGGGAGGACCGAUUUUUCUGCGAUCUACACUGGAGAUAUUACAAUCAGAUCCUGCAACGAAUUCAUCUGCCAAUCUUCUCGCGUCCGGUUUCUAAACCUCUCUGGGAUCGCAUUCCUAGCGAUACCUUCCCCCAGGUUGACUUACUAGCUGAGUGCAUCGCUGGGCCAGUGAUCUUACUUUUCGCCUCCAUUUUCAUGUUUGGUUGGAAUUUUGACUUCGCAACACCUGUGGACCAGAUCAUAUGGCGAGUCUGCAGCGUGUACAUGGUAUGCUACGCGGUUUUCGGUGAGUUGCUAGCUUUGUACAGUCAGAGGAUCGCUCUUCCCAGACUAUCGUUGUCGCGAAAGCAGCAAGAUGAAAAGGAAACGCCCCAAGCAGCCCCCCUACCCAUUCAUGUAAACUCCCUAGAACGACUUGCCGAGAGGCUACGCAAUAUCGAUCCAGAUAAGGACCCCAUCAACACCAUCCCGCUACGGGUCCUAAUCCCUUCUACGAUUCUUUGUGCUUUGUACUUCUUCGCUCGAGCACUUAUCCUCACUGAGGACUUAAUCGGACUACGGUGUUUACCGAGCAGUGCAUUCCAAACGGUGAACUGGAUUAACAGUGUGCCUCAUUGGUAG